AUGAGGUCCCACUUCGGCUGGCAGGACCGCUUGGCCACGCUGUUCUGGUACCUCAACGACGUGCCCGAGGGUGGCCAGACCGUUUUCCCGCGGGCGGGCAGCGCCGUCUGCCCUGGCUUCGUGAGCAAUUGCCAGGGCGUGCGCUACGCGCCGCCCAGGGCCUGCAACGUGGGCCUCCAGGUGCAGCCCAAGAAGGGCUCGGUGAUCCUGUGGUACAACCACCACCCCAAUGGCAGGGGCGACCACAACGCCCUCCACGGGGGCUGCCCCCCUGCCGAGGGCCUCGAGAAGUGGUCUGGGAACAAGUGGAUCUACAUCAAGCCGAGGCGCGCCCCGCCAUCGCAGUGGAUGGACGACCACCCCGCGCUCCGGCGCUUCGGCUGGAACGAGAACGCGCUCCAGGAGCUUGCCAGGGGCAAGGAGGUCACAGACGAUCCGAAGGGAGCCUGCACCCUGUCUGUGACCAACGGGUACUCGAGCGCUGGCAGUCUGAAGCUCGCGUGGAUCGACCCCGUGACCGGGCGGGCGACCCACGUGGCGGAGGUCCCGGGGGGCGAAGAGCUUCAGGUGCAGUCCUGGCUCGGCCGCCACUUCGUCGUGACCCACGGCGAGGAGAAGUCCAGGCCCUUCGCCUGCGACAGGGCGAGCAGCAGCUUCCGCGUCGGCGCCGACCUCGUGGUCUCGCCCGUGUUGCCUGGCGCGGCCGACCCGCGCCAUCGGCAGGAGGUGUGA